UAAAAGGACGUACAGUAGCACUGUUCAACCUCUAUGUGGAUGGGCUGUAUCUGAGGAGAGCAACACUCAACAUGAAGAGCUGCGCGAUCCUUCUCGUGGUGUGCUUGUUCUGCCAAUGCUGUGCUGAACGAGGCAGAUGGUGGCAGACUUAUGAGGAUGGCCUCAGAGAAUACAUCGAACAGUUUGGACAUCAGAAUUUCCCGGAGAAAGAGAGGCCCUCUCGUUCUGCACACCCUGUCUUUCAAUGUCCUGACAUGGAUCCUUCGCCAGCUGUUCCCACUUCAGUUCACGCUGUGAGGCCUGCUGACAUUAAAAUAAUCUCUGCUCUUGGGGACUCGCUCACAACUGCAAUAGGUGCUAACGCUUCAAAUGUACUUGGAAUUCCAUAUGAAUUUCGCCACUUAUCUUGGAGCAUUGGAGGAUACGGGACAUAUAAGGAUGUGAUCACACUUGCCAAUAUUUUUAAACUCUUUAAUCCAAAUGUUAUUGGUCCAGCUCCUUCCAGAACACUCAAUGGGAAACCUGCUCCUCUAAGUGAAACUGGUUUCAAUCUAGCUGUUACUGGGGCAAAUACAUAUGAGUUUCCUGAUCAGACAAGGCACCUUAUUAACACAAUCAAAGCAUAUCCGGGUAUCAACUUUGCAGAAGAUUGGAAACUGGUGACAAUUUUAAUUGGAAACAAUGACUUGUGUGACUAUUGUAAAAACAAGACACUUUUUUCAGCUGAGAGUUUCAUUUACAACCUGACUGUGGCUUUGGAUAUGCUGUAUAAUGAGAUGCCAAGAUGUCUGGUGAAUCUGGUUCAGGUGCUGCCUCUGGAAGCACUCAGGGAGGUUGAUAAUGGAGGUCUAGGCUGCAUAUUGCAGAAAUCAUUUUGCUCUUGCUUGGUGAGACCCAGUGCAGACUCCCCCGAACUAAAAGAACUCAUUGAACUGAAUGGAAUCUUUCAGCAAAAGGUUGAAGAACUUAUAGCUUCUGGGAGAUUUGACAAGGAUGACUUCACUGUAAUACUUCAGCCCUAUCUGACAAAAGCGCAGCCUCCCCGAGAUCAGAAAGGAAAUAUCGAUUUUUCCUUCUUCGCACCUGACUGUUUCCAUUUCAGUGUCAAAGGACAUGAGGAACUUGCAAAAGGACUCUGGAACAAUAUGUUUCAACCGGAAGGAAACAAGGACCAGCUUGAUUACAUCUCAGAGCCAAUACAACUAAUUUGCCCAACAAAGGCACAUCCUUACAUUUAUACUAAAUACAAUUCAGUACAUGAUAAUCCUACAGCUUUGGGAAAAGUUACUGGCAACUCAGCCACUUCAUUUAAACACCAGUUGCUUUUACUAGCUUUAUCCAGCAUUUGUCUCCUAAUAAUACUUUAGACUGCCAGGAGGAUUAUGAGUACGACAUUGUCAUUUUAACAACGCCAGUCUGCAGAUCCAGAAGUUCAGACAACUAAUAACAAACCCUGUAACUGGUAACACUAUAAGUGAAUUGAGCAGUUCAGUUCACAUUGCAGUGUUCCCAAAUAACAAUAACAACUGUCUUUGUUUUAUAAAGGAGUCAUUAACAUUUUAUACAGUUCCCCUUUUCAGUUGUGUGUUUUGCCUUGCUUAGUGCUGACUUUCUUAGAGAAGACUAUGAGAAGCAUUUAACUAAAACAUCUCUUCAUAAAGGCUAAGAAUGCAAAUUAUUCAUUAAUUGAAGCAGUAACUUAAUUGGUUAAUAAGCAGCAUUCGUUUAAUUUUGCACAUUAUUUGUACAUUUAUGAAUAAUGUAGGAGUGCUCCCAGCCUUCAGAAGAAAGGAGUUUAAAGCAAACAAUAUGGCUUCUGAAUAUUUGCUCUGGGUUGUGCUUUUUGGGGAUGUUUUGAAGGUUACAGUAACUUGCUGUAUUUGACUGCUUUUUAUAAUAAUGAGAAAGGAAUAUGUAUUUUAUUAUGUACAGUCAGUAUAUGAAUUUUUUAAAAUAUUAAUGUUCUCAAUAAAAAAUCUGAUGCAAGUGACAUUCUUGCAGUGUAUGGUUGCAAUUAUUACAUUCGACUGAUUAUGAAUGAAUUACCUUGGCAGCUUUAAGGUGGGACAAAGUGGGAU